UCAGAUAAUAACUUUAUAGUAAUAUGUAAUAACAUUCACAUUCUUGAUGAAAUAAGGAGCAAAUACAUUUCCCCAUAGGACUGGACAGGGGAUCGUUAGCAGACUACAUAGCGGGAGUCAGGACUACGUUGCUUUUCCAGUGCACCCAUUUUUUGAGAAGUAGUGGUUCCUCAGAGGGUGUGAUUCCUCUGGAAAUCACUGACCAGAGUUCAAUUAAGCCAAACUGUAGGUUCUAGGGUUUGCUGCUGGGAUCGGAGUUGGGUGCCAAAGUUAGCAAAAGAAGGAAAGACGACAAAUUUUUCUAGUACCCUCCCCAUACUACUUGUAAUCACUUUAUUGUGUAUAAAUUCAGGUCCAUCCCCCUACAAGAGUGAAUAGUGUCUCUCCAUCUCCAAUUCUUGCUAGUUUCCCCCAAACACUUCUCUUUUCGUACGAAUCAACUCUAUCUCUGGCUUAGGAAUGUGUUCUUAGGAUUCUUUCCCCGUUCCCUGCGGUGGCUGUGACGUGAGAAGCCAUGUGACAGGCCCCCUUCUGCUAUAAGGAGAGAGAAAGGUCCGCCCUCUCCUGGAUUCAGCCCCAACCUCUCCAAGAUCUUUCCCCAGACUCUCACCCAACACACACGCGCGCGCCGAACUCCCAGCCUCAUUUGCCCCCAGCUUUGCCACCUCCUCCUUAGGAAGAGUGGGUGUGGGAGCGCUCGAGGGGAAGAGGGGGGAGAAAGCCAACUUCUCCGAGUGCCCGGUGCUUGCCUAAGGGCGUGUGUGUGACAGAGUGAGUGUGUGUUUGUGCACGUUCCCUGGAGAGAAGAGGAGAGGAAAGGAGAUGAGAGAAGAGGAGAGGAAAGGAAAGAAAAGGAGAGAGGACAAGCGGAGCAGGGGGAGAGCGCUCUUAUUCUAGGAUCCAAAGAGUUGGGGGGCCCAAGUGACCCAGCUUCCCGGGUGUGAGCAGCAGCAGCAGCCGCAGCAGCAGCAGCCGCAGCAGCAGCAGCCGCAGCAGCAGCAGCCGCAGCAGCAACAACAACAACAACAACAACAACACAACAGCGAGAACAGCCCGCAGCCUGGCUCCAUUUGGCCGGGUUCGCCCCCGGGCACCGGGGCGCGGCCGGUGCCUCGAGCCCCGUGCCCCUAUGUGCCGCCCCGCAGCCCCCGCCGCUGCCACCGCCGAGGAAGAGCCAUGACCCUGAGCGCGGAGAUGUCCGAUGCCUCCGGACUUGCGGAUGAGACCGACAUUGAUGUGGUGGGGGAGGGCGAGGACGAAGAGGAAGAGGAGGAGGAGGAAGACGACGGCGGUGGCGUUGGUGGCGGUUCGGGGCUCCGGCGGCGGCGUCGCUCCUACGCAGAAGAGGAAGAUGAGGAGGAAGAGGACGACGAGGAGGACGAGGACGUGCUGCUUUCCCCAGGGACUGUGGGCUCCACCGCCAUCCCGGGACCGGGCCAAGCUGCAGGGGUUGGCGGAGGCGAGAGUAGUGGCGGCGGCGGCGGAGGCGGUAGCGCUGGAGCCUCUGGCGGCGGCGGCGGCGGCUGCGUCGGAGGAGGAGGAGGAGGAGGAGCGGGAGGCGGCAGCGGGGCCAAGAACCCGCUAGUGAAGCCGCCCUACUCCUAUAUCGCUCUCAUCACUAUGGCCAUUCUGCAAAGCCCCAAGAAGCGCCUGACGCUAAGCGAGAUCUGCGAGUUCAUCAGCGGCCGCUUCCCCUACUACCGGGAGAAGUUUCCCGCCUGGCAGAAUAGCAUCCGCCACAAUCUCUCGCUUAACGAUUGCUUCGUCAAGAUCCCCCGGGAGCCGGGGAAUCCCGGCAAGGGCAACUACUGGACCCUGGACCCGGAGUCCGCCGACAUGUUUGACAACGGCAGCUUCCUGCGCCGGAGGAAGCGCUUCAAGCGGCAACCACUGCUCCCGCCCGCCGCCGCGGAGACUCUGCUGCUGCGGGGAGCCGGGGCCGCGGGGACCGGGGGAGAUCCCGCUGCUGCCGCCGCAGCCGCAGCCGCAGCCGCAGCCGCUGCCGCCGCUGCCGCCGCAGCCGCCCUGUUCCCGCCCCCACCGCCGCCGCCUGCGCCGCCGCCGCCGCCGCACGCCUACGGCUACGGCCCCUAUAGCUGCGGCUACGGCCUCCAGCUGCAGCCCUACCCGCCUCCCUCGGCCCUGUUCGCCGCCUUCCACCCGCACCCCGCCGCGGCCCACCACCAUCCGCACUCGCACCCUCACUCGCCACCACCGCCCCCGCCGCCCGCCCAUGGGGCGGUAGCCGAGCUGGCCAGGACCGCCUUCAGCUACCCGCCGCCCCCGCUGGGCCCGGGCCUGCCAGGCUCCUUGCAGGCGGCGGCCAAGCCAGGGGCUGGCCAGGGCCUGGCGCGCUCUCCCUUCUCCAUCGAGAGCAUCAUCGGGGGCAGUCUGGGUCCCGUUGCCGCCGCUGCCGCCGCCCAGGCCGCCCAGGCCGCCGCCGCAGCCGCCUCCUCGUCGUCUUCUUCGUCCUCAUCCUCGUCCCCGCUGUCGCCCUCUCCCGCGGCGCCCGGGGGCAGCUGCGCAGCGCAGGCGGCCGUGGUGCCCGCAGCUGCGCUCACCCGCUCCCUGGUGGCAGCCGCCGCCGCGGCCGCCGCAGCCUCCUCGUCCUCCGCGGCUCUGGGGACACUGCACCAAGGGACCGCCUUGUCCGGCGUGGAGACCUUGACCGCUAGGAUUUCGAACUGUUAAUGGUGCUCUGGAUGCUGGUGCUGGGGUGACCCUUCGAGGUUCCUUUUUGAGGCCGAAUUUUGCAAGAGUCGAAGGGUUUAGCAUCAAGAAGAAACCAAGGACUAAGACCUGAGGCAUCCCCCACCAGAGAAGCUGAGACACACCUGAUUCACUGAAAUCUCCUUUCCGAUGAUGGUAUAGUAGGGUGGUGGAGAAAGUAGGUGUGUUUUUGGGGGGGAUGGGUAGGGAGAUGAGGGGGGAGGAUGAGGGUCACAGAUUUGGAACCCUGCUUUGUAUUGCAGAAGAGAGGUGACCUGGAGGGUAAGAUGUCUACUGCUUCUGCUAUAAUCCUCCUUAAUGGAAAAGAGCCAGAUGUACAAAGAAAUAUCAUCAGGUCACUGUUCUUAAUCUUGUUAGGUUAGAAAAUGGGAACCUCAGGAAAAGAUGCUAUUAACUAAAUGUCAACCCGCAGCAUGCAAAAUUCCUUGGACCCAAACUUCAAAAACAAGGGAAUGAAAGAUGCCAUGUGAGAAAGAGGAAUCGUGUGAUUUCUUAGGCUAGCGCUGAUCCAAGUAGGGUUUUAUUGCUUCCAUACCAGUGCUUCACGAUAUUUUAAUUUGACAAUUAAAAUAUGCACCAGAUUGCUACAGAACAAAUCUUCCAAGGCAAGAAGGAUGGGGGGGUGGGGGUGGAAGAGGGAUGAAAAAGGAGGAAUACUUUCAUUUGCACAGGGGAAAACUGAAAUCUGCAAAGUUUUAGAAAUCUUAAGAAACUUGAAAUGAAAAGCCAAGAUCUUAUUCUGGGUGUAAUUUAACAGCCAAACCUCUUUCUGUUUCAUAACAACAUAAACAGGAGGUCACAUAAUUGAGAAAAAAUAGGAGAUCAAAUUCUACAAAAAUUGAAAGCUUUAUUCAAAUCUACAUUUUAAAAGCAGACAAUCAGGCAGGGUAAAGCGGAGGGAGAGAGAGGGAGAUGGACAGAGAGACUGAGACAGACAGAGAGAAUGAGACUAUACAUGGGAGGAGGAGGUUGGUUGGACAGACAGGAGCUGGGAAAUAAUGUAAAAGACUUAUCCAUGGUUAUUUCAAUAUCACUGUAACAUUUACUAAUAAACCACCUUACAUUUAAAUAAAAUCGAGGAGUAAUUAUGGGUAAAUGUAAAGAGAUCAGAAGCCACAAGCUGCUUUUGUAAUUGGAUUCCUCUUCCUCUGGGAAUAUUUCAGUUCCUCCAAUACUAAUACUACAGUAUAAGAGCAGUGUUUAAAGGCCCGAGCACUUUAGAAAGAAAUAAAGAAGUGAAUCUAAAAGAGAGAAAAAAAUGAAUUCUAUCCAUGUCUCUCUAAAUUCUCUGUACAAUACUCAGAGCAUAUCUUUUGCAUGCUUUGAUUUUUGUUCUGAGGGCAUGCAUAUCACUCUUCUGACCUACUGACUUGGUAUCUAUGUAACAUUAAGCUUCUUUUCCUAGCAGUCAGCAUCUGGUUACACAAGGGGCCAGUUUCCUUGGUCAGGAAGAAAACUAUUCUUUGAAGGUCCUGAAGGCACUAGUAGUCAUCAAGAUGGGUACUACGGCCUGCCUUGGUCCUGGAAUCUAUAAUUCCCCCAAUUCCACUGCCAGCUGUCUCACAAAUUAAUGUUGUUGGUCAAAAAGAAUACUAGACCAGAGAAUUUGGAUAAAUUGGUACAACCCAUCCAGAGUAACUAGAGUAAUUAAUAGAGGCUCUGACCAUCCAAUUUGAAAUCUAGUCCCCUUUCCCACAUGAAGGUUGGUGCUUUCAGUCAUGUGGGAAGUCAAUCAAGAUCUUGUAUCAUCAGGUCAGUCAGUGCCUCCAGGAACUGGGAAUUAGAAGAAAAUAACAGAUUGAAAAUAACUUUGCUGCUUUGUUUAUACUUUGGUCUGGCCUCAUCUAAGUUUAUAAACUUUGAAAAAAUUGUUUUAAAAUGAAGGCUACUCCCUACACCAUGGUAAAACUUUAUGAAAAGGACAAUCAUUGUUUUUGAACCUUCUGCCUGAUGAAGACGGAAAUAAAUCUACUCAGCAAGCCACUUCCAAUCUUAAUUAAAAGACCUUUCAGUUUUACUUUGUGUUUAUAUAACAUUCCAUUGAGGCAAGAUUCUGCCAAUAGCAAACACUUUCAGAGUAUGUUUCUGAGAUAAAGAUAGUGGUUCUGUGCCUUUGAUGGUCCAGCUGCAUUUGUCUUUACAGUAAUUUGUUUCUACUUAUUAUUAGAAAUCAGAACUAAACCUGUGAUUUUGUAGAUAUAGAUAACUCUUAGGUGAGGAAGAACCUUUUGCAAUUUAAAGGAGUGCCAGAACACUGAGAAGCUGAAUGACUUCCUCUGUGGCCAUAUAGCUAGGGUGUGCCAAUGGUGGGACAUGAACACAGGUCCUUCCUGGCUUUGAGACCACCUUUCUCUCAAUUAAUAAGGAAGAUGCUUCAUUUUGUAAUUCUUUUUCAUCAGGUAUGUUAUGAUUACAAUAUAUAUUUUCCAUUUUAUCAUACAAGGUUACAAACAAUAUGCUGGUUACAUCAUGAUAAUGAUGAUUCUCUAGCAGCUGCCUCAUUCUGUUGCCUCAUUAUUAAUUGAAAAUGGCUCUGGAUUCUUGAACUUGAUGCUAAUGAAGGGAGUACAAGUAUCGGUCAUAUCAAGAUGGAAAGGUCUGGUGAUAGACUAUACAUCUGUUGAUCCAGGAUCAGCCCAGCCAAAUUCAGAAAGGCCCAUCACUAGGCAACCAGCUGUAGGAUGAUGAAUUGUUCGGCCAUAGCAACCCUGUCUUUUAGAUUUGAAGGUUGUCUUUUGUUUUGCAAUAGUGUUUCUGUAUAUACCUCUCUUUCCCUAUUGGACCUUUCCUUGUAACAAGGAAAAAAAGUUAAAUAAAAUCAACAUGGAAGCUACGUGGCACAGUAGAUAGAGAGCCAGUUCUGGAGUUGAGAGAACCUGGGUUCAAAAAAUGGCCUCAGAUACUUCCUAUCUGUGUGACCCUGGGCAAAUCACCUUAUCCCCAUCUCAUAGCCCUUACCCUUCUGUCUUAGAGUUGUUACAAUGUCAGAAGAUGAGGCUUAAAAAAAUAGACUGUGUCUGAUAUUUGAUGCAAUAUUCUAUACCCAUAGUACCCUGCUUUUAUGAGGAAGAGGGAGUUGUGUCUCAUCAUCUAUGUGUGGAUAGAAUUUGCUCCCCAGGACUCUUUUACCCAGCAUUCCAUUUGUGUGCUCACACUGAAUGCUCACA